CGGUCCUCUUUUUGUCGGCUGAUCUCUUGCGAUCGAAAUCGUGGAAGUUUCUUUUUUUCGCCGGAGUACCGGCAAAAAUCGCUGCAAAAAUGGGACAUUUGUGGUCUGCAUAUAUCACUAAUCCGGACACAGCACCAGAUAUUUCCAAGCACUCGAGUUUUGACCCCUUGUAUGGAUUUCCAGAAGGCAGAGAAGAAAGGGUGAUGGUAGCCACUCAGCAGGAGAUGAAUAAUGCUCAAGUCCCUCUGCAGCACAGAGAUUACUGCGCCCAUCUUUAUAUUGCUUUCUUCCAAUGUAAACGGGAUAACUUCCCCAAUGUGUUUGCCUGUAAGCACGCAAAACACGAGUAUGAGCAGUGUGAAUAUGGAGACUUUGUGAUUCGGAUGAAGGAGUAUGAACGAGAGAGAAGACUACUAGCCCGGGCCAAGAGGAAGAGGAUUCAAGCCGAGAAAGAAAGCCUCGACGAUUAACAUCUAAUAUUUCAUUGUUCUGCUGUGUGAAUUUGGUUUUCAAAAUUUGCAAGAAUUAUUAUAGUAUAUUUUAAUUCAGUCAGAAAGAAAAAAAUCCAGGCCUGAAGAAGUUGGAAAAGCCUAAAGAAGUUUAGUGAAUGAAAUCCUUGUUCGUCCUUUAUGAGUGAUUCUACUAACUGUUUCUAGAGAGCUGUAGACAAUGUUUGCGGGAAAUGUAAAAUUCACCUAGGCUAAUACUGGGUGGGGGGAGGGGGGUGGCUGAAGGCUCUUUGGCUUGCUUGUAAUUCCAGCCUAGAAUGCACUAAGGACACACAGGAACCAACGUCAUGGCAUUUAUGCUUACCACAUAGUUCUGCAUCAUUAGUUUGCAACCCUGUAAAACGUGUACCGGUAGAUCUAUGCAUACGUGCACAAUUCCUAGGCAAGCAGUGUCAUAAAAUUGAUAAAACAUUGAUGUUCGCCGUUUGCUAGUUCCAUAGAUCUGCUUAAGCACUCAAAGUAGCUUAGGAUAAAAAGCAUGUGUUUCCCAGAGUAAGGGUACCAGCCAAAAUACCAUGUAAUGUGUGCUAUAUUUGACUGGUUUCCUGCUCAUUUUUGCUUAGCAGUAAAAAAAAAUGUCAAGCAACAUGUUCUGCUUAAGCAGCUCUAUGAAAAUGUGCCUUUAGCAUCUGCCAAUGCCUUGCUGUUUACCAACUGACCAUGACCCUUCUUUAUGUGCUUCAUUCAUGCAUAGAACUGGGGUGGAUUUCACAAAGAGUUUAGACUAGUCUUAUCUCGAGUCAGGACUAGCCUUAAGUAUUUCAUAUUUCCUCCAAGAGGCCUAACUCUGUGAAAUCGACCCCCUGAACAUUUUGCGAGACACUGACUUGAUCGUUAAAUAUGUAUAUGAGACUUUUGUGGCAGUAGAUUUAACAGAUAAAUCCAUUGUUAACAAAACCAUGAACAUGCUUAGAAUUAUUAGUUAACAAUGGAAAUAUACCUGGUAUGUCUGCUGCCACCUACAUUGUAGUGUUCAAAAGUCUCACUUUGCAUGCAGUUUUUACCUGGAUUCCUUCCAAAUCGAGAUAAACCUUUGAAAGCAGUUUAAUCUUUUCUGUGUUGGCUCUUGUUGGUCACUUCAAUUUUAUGUUCUUACUGGCUGAAAAUAUCUACUCUGUAUAACAUUGUUAUUUGUAAAGAAUAUAAAUCAUACCAAAAUAUUCAGAACGGAACGGCACAAUGUUUCCCAAAUGUGUUUAACUAUAAUGUGCAAAAUAAAAACAUCAAUACUCAGUGAUUCAUCACAACUUUCAAAGACAAAGCCCUGAUUUCCUAAAGCUGUUAAAAGCACAACAAUUUGCUAAGCACACAAAUGUCUUGCUCAACAUAAACA